UCUGUGGUUGUCUUGGCGAUGAUGGCAGACAUACUAGAGCUGCGGACAGACGGGAACUCUCUCCUGAAGGCGGUGUGGCUCCGACGCCUGCGGCUCACCAGGCUCCUGCUGGAUGGGGGUGCCUACAUCAAUGAGAGCAACGAGCGAGGAGAGACACCGCUCAUGGUGGCCUGCAUGUCCAAACACAGCGACCCGCAGAGUGUCAGUAAGGCAAAGCUGGUUAAGUACCUACUGGAUAACAAGGCUGAUCCCAACAUCCAGGAUAAAGCAGGCCGGACAGCCCUGAUGCACGCCUGCAGUCAGAGGGCGGGAUAUGAGGUGGUGUCCCACCUGUUGACCAAUGGGGCAGACCCAAGUCUGGAAGACAGGAGCGGGGCCUCUGCUCUGGUCUAUGCCGUUAACGCAGACGAUAAGGAGACCCUAAAGGGUCUCCUAGCCGCAUGUAAAGCCAAGGGCAAAGAGGUCAUCAUUAUCACCACAGACAAGUCACCCUCUGGCACCAAAACCACCAAGCAGUACCUGAAUGCCCCCCCUUCCCCAGAGCUAGAGGAUAAGGGCUCCCCUGCAUUCUGCACCACUCCUUCUGACAUUGAGCUCAACACCUCCUCCUCACCUAACUCAGCCGAGCAGCACAACACUAUCUUCAGUUUCCAGACAAAGUUGAAAACAUCGUCCAGCACAGCAGCAAAGCUUCCCAAUGGGCCGACUUCUCCCACACGGCGACCAGCCAACCCCAAGCGUGCUCGUUUACCCCAGCUGAAGCGUCUGCAGUCAGAGCCCUGGGGGCUGAUCGCUCCCUCCGUCCUCGCUCCAGCUGCGUCCGAGGAGAGUAAGAGAACCACCUCUGAUGAGGACGUUGUCACAGGCAUCAAUGGACUUUCUCUGUCAAAGAGAUCGACUCUGUCUCGACAAAACAGUGUGGAUGGCAAGGAUGUGUUGUUUCCACAAAUUUCGUCCUCAUUAUCUGUCCCUCCAACUUCCAAAUCGGCAUAUGAGAGGAGUCUGGGUCAGCAGCACCAGCCCCUAGCCCGGCGUAGCACCGUCCCUGAAGAGCAGGACAGUAGCAGUAACAGUGGGCCAGACAGUUUGAGAGACACGGUCUACAGGAGAUGGCUGGGCACUGACCACUAUGACUCAGACUCCCAGCUGUACUCAGACUGUGGCAUGCUGGACUCUCCUAAGGUUCCUCUAGAAAGGAAGAAACUCAACGGGUCUCCAUUAGCCAUGCUGACCAACUCCAGGGAGUCCCUAGACAUCAACAGCACGUCAUCUCCCAGCACAGCACGACGGUGCGCACCAGGCCUCCUGGAGAGGCGAGGCUCAGGGACUCUGCUGCUGGACUACAUUUCCCAUACCCGUCCUGGCCAUCUACCCCCCCUGAACUUCAACCCCAACCCUCCUAUACCUGACAUUGGAACCAGCAGCAAGCCCUCGUCCCCUCUUGCCUCAGGUUUCAGAUCAAUAGCUCCAGUAGCAGCAAACUCACCAAAUAGAGGCCAGCUCAAGUCAAAUAAGAAACUUGUAAGGAGGCACUCUAUGCAAGUGGAGCAAAUGAAACAACUGCUGUAG